AUGUCGGAUCAGUCAAGCGAACAGUCUGAUCAUGAUUCAAUUGGCAAUGAAUCUAUUUCAAAUGAGCAUACAGACGAUGAAUCAAUAGUUCCUGAUGAUUCUGUUAAGGAGAGCGAAAUGUCGGUCAUUUUUCGAGGGAUCUUGGAGCAGCAAAUGGCAAUGAAUGAGAAGUUGGACAAACAAAAAGAGGAGAAUGAUCGUAUGCGCGAUACUUUGGGAGGCCUGUCUAAAUCAGUGGUGGCUAUUGAACAGCGCCUCAAACAGUUUGAGGAAAAGAACAAUACAAGUGUGAAGCGGAGUCGCAAAGCUAAAGUACCUGCUGAUAUAAAGAGCACUGUCAGAACAAUAAUUAAGCAAAAAGAAGACCAAGACGGUUUGGAAACAUUCGACGUGGAAGAAAG